UAUUUCGUAAGGGUUUCAAGUCGCAGAUUGGAGUCAGAUUUUCCUACAGAAUAUUAUUCUUUGUGGUGUUGUGUAUAGUGCGCCUGCAUAAUAUCGAUUGAUUAGCGAACAUCUCGUUCGUAGUCAUAGAAAAUUUGAAACGAGUUUGACGAAGACUAGCAGAAUCGAAGGUGCCAAUCAACAUGAAAUUCUAUUUACUAAUAUUCGGAAUAAUCGCGGGUGUUGCCCUCGUCAGCGGGGCCGCUAGCAACGUAGGAUGUUCCACAUCAAAAGACAGCUGUACGGCUUACUUCUCCGGAUUUCCGCACGUUCAAAGCGAUCUGAACAAGUACACCAAACAAAUGCUGGACAAGUCGUUCGAUUUUCUGAUACUUUCGUCGGUGUUCGAUGUGUACAGUAUGAACCGACCCGGAUUCCAGAAACUGUACCGCCAUACUUCCGAUAAAGCCUGGCAGGACACAAUCGACCUGAUCAAAUAUCAAAGCAAGCGAGGAGCCAGCGUAACACUGGUCAAGGGAAUCGAGGAUCCGACCAACGUACGCAACAUCACCGGUCUGCUGCAGAGUAGUGAAAGCUCGUCACUUCAGCUGGCGCUGGACUACGAGAAGACAAUGGCCACCGAAGCACAUCACAUCCACAAGAAGAUUUCCCAUGCCGAUAUCAACAAACACUACGACCCGGACGUAGCUCACUAUCUGGACGAGAAGCUGAUCGAGUAUCAGAGUGGAGAGAUUCGGAAGUUGUCCGGAUAUAUUGCUAAUCUGAAUGACAUUUUGAAUGAAGCUAACACCAAAGAUUUGGGCAUUCAGAUGUUUGACGAAUAUUUGGAUAAGGUGGAGUAAAUAGUGGGGUAUUAGAGGGCCUCUAUUGAUGUUUAGUAGAAUUUUAUCGGAUUCGCGUGAUCGCUCAGUACUACUAUUACCACUACUAUAAUGCUACAGAAUGAUCAGUAGCUUAGGGUUGUAUCAAUUGUUUAUUAGCUUAAUUAAAUGAUGUGAACAAAUUGUGUUCUGAAAUAAA